AUGGAUCAGCCAAUAUAUCUUAAAGUUAGAGAAAUCGUAGCAUCUUGUUGUGAUGACCCGAUACUGGGCAAAGUAGAAAUGAUUAUUGGUGGGUUUCAUAUGCUCAUAUCUUAUUUGGGUUGUAUUGGACAAACUAUGGCUGGAAGUGGACUGAAAGAACUUUUGUCCUGCGCUUUGGCUUUGAAUUCAAUAGACAAAAUGUUAAUCGGAAAAUCAUAUAGCAGAGCAGUGAGAGGUCAUUUACUUGUUCAAGCCACUUUAGCUCAGAUUACUUUGGAAAAUAUAGAUAUCACACCAGAAGAAAAAGAACAAGUAGUUCAGCGACUUCAGACUUCAGUGGAAAUUACUCCAUAA